AUGAAUGUGGAUAUUGAAAGCGCUAAACACGGUCUGUCGGCGACAGGUAGCAUAACAUUGCCUUUAUGUUGUGCAGCCGAAGGAUUUUCCAUUAGCCCAAUGGUGCAGGGCCACAUGGCGAAUGACGAUGUACCUCAGGUUACACAACAUAUCAGACCAGACUUAUCGACUUCUCCUGACGUGCGGGGUUUUGCCGGAAGGCUGCUUAGAGAUGAGGUUCAGUUUGCCUUCUGCCGUGGCUUAUAUCAGACCGAGGGGCCGUAUCUACCAGCAAUGUCUGAAAAAGGCCAUUUGAAUCCUACAACGAUUCUCGGUUCCUCAUCUCGGCUCCCGGAACUCAUGCACCCCAUAUGA